UCUCCUUCAGCCAAAAGCACCAGACAUCUCAGCUUUCACCACUCUUCUCUUACAUCUCUUCUCACUCUCAUUUAUCACUGUUGGCAAGCACCUGCUCUGAGUUUGACACCUGCCUGCCAGCAGCAACACUCCGUCAGCGCAGCAGCCAACAGGUUCUUUCUCAGCGUUGUUCUUCUUCAGUCAAGCAACAUCAACUAAUUGAAUGUUCAGUCAAAGAGAACAACUUCUACACAUCGGCACAAUACAAACCGUGAUGAGCUGCAUGGAGUCAUGAAUAAAGAAAUGCCGACUUCUUCGGUGAAAACGCGGAUCCCCCUAACCAGCUUCGGUCACCUGAUCACAGAGGUGAAGAAGCAGCUGUUCGGCGUCGAGACCCCGUCUGCUGCAGAACUGACCGGUUGGAGGAAGUACUUUAACAGCUACACAACGCAGGGUCGCCGAAAUUAUGUCUUGGCUACCUAUGGGAUCCUGGUUGUAUCAGCAGCUGCCUUCUUGAUGCACAGACAGAACAGAGAAGAAAAGCAGACGUCCGCCUCCACGGCCUGAAAGAUCAGCCUCUCAGUGACAUUUAUUCUCACCGGCAGUUAUUUCUGAUGUGAAGGAAACAACACGACACCCUCUGGAGUGAGAAAGUUGUCAGCUCAGAUUUGUUAAUAAAUGCUUUCUCUGUUCCUGUCUGAUCAUUAUUUGGUGAUAUUAUGAGGAGUUACGUUGGUUGCCAUGGCAGCACCGAGCAUGCUGUCCGCAGUGGAACUGUUUCGCAACAUGGCGUCCAUCUGCUGCUAAAGAAACCUCACUGUUAUUUUUAUUUUACGUUCUGUAUGCUCUCUACUCAGCCUCUACUAUUUGUGAAAUAUCACAUCUGAGCUUGACCUGUUGAAGUCUUUGUAUGAUUUGUUUUUAAACUGUGACUCAGUAGAAACCCUGUCAGGACAUGAAAAUAACGAGCUCCCUGGAACAGAAGCAGCUCGCUUCUCAUUAAUUGCUGUAAAGGAGGCUAGCUGCAGAAUAAAAUGCAAAACUGAUCACGGCACACAGUGCAAAUAUCUUACUGGAAAUUACUCUGCAUUAGUGCAACAGGAAGAAAUUAAGUGGACUUUUCCUCAUAACUGCAGAUAAGUGGGACGUGAUGCAAUCUAAAAACAAACUCUUGAGAGUUUUAGCUUUUAGAACAUGAGGAAAUGAAUAAAGGAAAAUGCUAGUAAGGCUACAGAUCCGUUCUCAAAGCGUACAUUAACAGUAAUGUUAAAAGACGGUUAAUGAAGACUAAUAAAGACUGUCUUUUGUCUAUUACCGUGGUCUCUCUCUCAAAGCAUCCAGUAAUUUUUUUUAAAAUGGCAUCAUCGUUAAUGUUUUUCUUUAUGUGUGUUUCUUGUGCAGUUUUUUUGACAAAAACCCCUAAAACAUUAUUUCUACUCAAAAUCCUGAAAUGCAUUUUAAUCACUUAACAUUGGGCCUAAUAUUCAUGCAGCGGGUUACUGUGCAGCUGUACGUUAUUAAGCUGUGAAAGCACUAAAAUGUUAAAAAUAAGUAAGGUCUACAACAUACUACACACACUACAUACACACACACACACGCGCGCACACAAAUGCACGCACACUGCCGGUAGAUCACAUGAUUUAGGGGAAUUUGACGGAAGAAAUCGAAAGCGAAAGUAAAGCUGGCGAACACCUGAAUACGUGGUUAUCUGUGUGUGUGUGUGUGUGUGUGUGUGUGUGUGUGUGUGUGUGUGUGUGUGUGUGUGUGUGUGUGUGCGCGUGCGUGCGUGUGUGUGUGCGCGCGCGCGCGUAUGCAUGUUUCGAUGAAUUCCUCAUCGUCAGUUACUGUGCAGAGUGAAGCUCCGCCUUUUUACAAACCGAAAGUAAAAAGUCAGAUCAGAUGAGCCGAGGACCUUCAGCUGCCACAGUCUCAUUCCUGGUCACCAAAGCUUGAACUGCUGCUGCUGCUGCUGCAAGUGAGUAGGUUUUGCAUUGAAUGGUGUAAUUAAUGCACAAUUAAUUGCAGUAAUGCAUGUAAAUACAAGUCUAUCAACUCAUAAUUAAGAAACUGAAGCUGAAAUGAUGAGGAUGUUUAAAAGCAGGAUUUUUAAUCAAUAUGUUUUUCUGUUUGACUAAGCCUCCUCAUCCCCGAGUUAUUAGCAUAUUUUCAUGCCUCAUUUAAAAUCCUCAUGUACAAGAAUAUGCCAUUCAGAUGUAGAAAUAAUUGCCUUGUUUUUGAAUAAUCAUGCAAUUUUUCUUUCACUGUUUGCCUGCUUUUUCUCAAAACUUUUGCAGCUGUCUGCAAAACAGAUUUGUUGUGUUGUUCUUUGUCUCCGGCACCCCGGCUCUAAAUUUAAGCAAAUCCUACUUCACACAUUUCUCACCUCCAGAUCUAAUUUAAGAAUUUAGAUCAACAGCGCAGCUACGAGCAAACACUGAACUUAAGGUUAAAGCUUAAGUUCAGUUCGCUUGAGUUCUAAACUUGUGUAAUUAACUCGCAAUAUAUCACUGCAUUAAUAUAUGGGCAAAUUGCAUUCUUGCAUUUUGUGAGGAAGAUGCAGGAGUUCCAAACAUAUUAUAGGUGGUCAACAAAUAAAUACAGAAGAAGGGAUCAGAAGAGUUCAUGUCAUGUUCAGGGUUUUGUCAAUAAGAUUGAGCUGUUUGUCAAAAAGCAAAAUAAAGCAAAUUCAAGGCAUUAAAAACAAAUAAAUAUUCUGAUUGUACUUGUACACCAACAGCACUUAAUAUUAAGAUUUAAAUCCUCAUAGGGUCUAAUUUUGUUUUACAACUUUUACAUACGAACAUUGUGCGCUGCUUCAAUGAUUUCUGUGAAGUGACUUUUCUCUGGACAGAGUUUUUCCACUGCGAUAAAGAGGAAAGCCACAUUUUGAAAGUGAAAGUGUUCUGUUAUCAACAUCCGCCCUUCGUUGUGAUUGAUGAGUAACGAAGAUUUAUUGUGUUUUAUUGUCAGACUUAUGACUUCAAAUUCUGCAAGAUAAAGAUAAAAUCAAACGAUAAGUUUCAGUUCAACCACUGAACUUUUAAUUCUGAGGCUUUACUGUCCUAGAGCUCUUCCUCUCAAAAGAUUGUUUUGCAUGUUUGUCAGCAGAAACUAGAGAUUGAUUGGACAUUUGUUAUGCCAGUGUUUUAAUAUUUUUAAUAUUCAAUACAAAUUUUUCGCCAAGAAAAUCAAAUCCUGUAGUGGAAUUAGUGCAUUAUUAUGCAGCCUGCGAUCACGUUGACCCACUUUCAGCUGCAAAUUUAGGAUGUGAUGCAUUUUAAAAUGUACAGAAAACAAACAAACAAAAAAACUUCAAUAUGUGCAGCAAAUGUCAAUUUUAGUUUAAUGUCACAUUUUCUAACAAAACUGUAACUUGGUGCACGAAUUCCAUUUUAUAGCCAUUAAAAGCAGAAGAGUAAAACAAACAAUACAUGAAAUUAAUGUAGGGGAAAGUGACAGAUUUAAAGAAAGAAGAGUUUUUGAUUUAUAUUUGAAAGACUUAAUAGGUUCUGAGACUGUGAGUGAUAAUAGCAACAACAAGAAGCUAAAGAAUUACAUCACUUUAAGAAAAAGAAUAUUUUUACCUUGAAAAAAUCCAUCACUUAAAGAGAAACUCAUAUUUUUUUUAAAUAUUUAGUGAAAUCAUAACAAUCUAUUAACUGGAAUACUCAUAAAAUGAACCCUUUUACAGAUUAAAAUGUAAAAAGUGUUAAAUAUAACAUACAAUACUGUAUAAAGUUUUUAAAAAAUGCAACUUGAUGCACGAAUUCUAUUUUAAAGCCAUUCAAAGCAGAAGAAUAAAAUGGAUAAUAUGUGAAGUUAACGCAGGGGAAAGUUUAAAGAAAAAUCUUUGAUUUAUAUUUGGAAAAAAGGAGACAAAUUCUGAGCUGUGAGUGAUAAUAGCAGCAGCAAGAAGCUAAAUUAUGCAAAAGAACAUUUUUACCUUAAAAUGAUUAAUAGUGAGUUGAACAGAAUUUCAAGGAAAACUGCAAGUCUGUUGUAAUAUUUAGUGAAAUCAUAGAGAUCUAUGAAGUUAAAUGUUCAUAGCAAGGCAAUCUUUUAUCGAAGAAAGGGAAAAAUGUUAAGUAUAACAUAAAAUACAGUAUAAAUUUCAAACAAAAUUGUGACUUGAUUCACAAAUUCCAUUUUAAAGCCAUUUAAAGUAGAAGAAUAAAACAAUUAAUUCAUGAAAUAAGCAAAUCAUUAUGAAAGAACUAAGAAUAACUAGAUAGUUACAAUUAAAAAAGUUCAAAUCAAAGGAAAACUGAAUUGAAAACCAAGAAAAAUCUUUUCAACAUUAAGGAUGAUAUACCCACAAUUCUGUUAUUGCAGUAAAAAACACUGUUAGUGGAAAAGAGCAGCGUUAAACAGGAUGUUAUUACACAGGAAGAGCGGUAAUAGAUCAGUGUUACAUCUUGUUGAUCAAUCUGGAAGAGUUGUAAAUAACAUCUCGCUUCAGUUUUGAGGUCAAGUUUAAUGGACUAUGGUUGCUUAUCUUUAUAGAUCCAGUCUGUGCACAUGCCAAUAAACCUGGAUUGAAAUCUGAACAACAUGGAAAGAGGACCGAGCAGCAGAUGAUCGAUCAGGGAGGAGGCAGCGAUGGAGGAUCUGAGCGGAGGAAAUGGUGCAACAGGCGAUCAGGACGAGGAUUCUCUUUUGUAGGAUGGUCAGAGACAAUCUUAGUAGAACAGUAGUACAGAGCCAGAAGCCGAACCACGCCGCCGAGAACCAAAGUCAAGCCCCGGAGGAGCCGACGGAGCCCGAGGCAGCGCCGAGCCCAGAGAGAGUUCAGCCGGAGAGCCAUGAGCCCACAGAGAGGCAGCUGGAUCUACUGCUCUGGAGCAAACUCAGGAAGGAAGGAAACGAAUCCUGGAGCCAGCCAGCCCCUGGAGCUGACAGUCUGCCCUCACACCUCCGUCCAUUCAGCAGCGAAGCAGAGUACAAACUAGUGAAAUGCACCUAUCAGCAGCUCCAGCACAGCGGUUACUACUGGGGACCAAUGAGCAUGGAGGAAGCUCAUGACAUACUCACAAGUGCGCCGCUGGGAACCUUCCUCAUCAGAGACAGCGGCCAGCCGGAUGUUUUCUUCACUCUGAGCUACCAAAGCGACGACGGUCCGACAAGCGUUCGGGUCCAGCUGAACAACCUGCUCUUCAGUCUGUACGGCAGCCACAGGACUUUUGAGACGCUCUUCGCUUUGCUCACGUUUUACACCAGCUCAUCCUGCAAGCUGACGGUGCCAUAUCGCAAACAGCGUCCAGAGCGACUGAAGCAGAUGUGCAGGAGGGCUUUUAUCCACACGCAUGGAGCAGAAAGGAUGAACACCUUAUCUGGACUUAGCAAAGAAGUUAAAGCCUACAUUCACGCAUACCCUCACUGCAUAUAGACUCUCCUGUGGAUAAAGUGCCUUGUCCCGCAUUAUGAUGUUGUUUGGAGAAAAAAAAGUUUUGAAUUUGUGGGUUUUUUUCAUGAACAACACAUUUUUUGGUAUUUUGACUCGUGCAGCUUGAGAGGUUGUUGUAUGUUAUCGAAAUGUUUUACAGAGUACUUGUAGCACACGGUGUCAUUAUUUAAUUAGCAGCUAUGUGUGCUGUCAGAAAUCAUAGUUAUUAUUUGUACAUUUACAUAUUUAAGACACAUUUUUAACAGAUCCUGUGUAAACAUAACAGCGAGUAAACACCCCACUGCUGUUUGAAAGCUCCUUUACUUGAUAUUUGGCCGCUGUAUGGCAAAAGCGCAUCAAAUGAAGUCAAUGUUUUGCCAGCAUGUAAGGUUGUGACUGAAAUUGUAAUUUGUAUUAGACUUCCAUUCACAUGUCAUAACAUUCUCUCUUUCACUGCUGGCUAAUUCUCUCGUCAUCUCAGGUCAGAACAGUUAUUUUGUGAUAAUAAUGGAUGAAUUACUUCAUUAUCUUUCGAAAGAAGUAGGUUGUUUUUGUCAGGAUAGAGGAGCAAAUGGCUCAUUUUCAUGAGAACGCAAGAGAUUCUUGACAUCAUCAACAGACUGCGGUUUCCAUACUUUGCAAUCCAGCUGUGUUCAGUCAACAGCUGGAUCAUUGGAGUAAAAAACUUUAUGAAGUUGCAGAUGUGGUCCAUCCAGUGCAGGACGAAACCUCUUUUGAAUGAAAGUAUCACAAGAAUCAUUCUAUGACAAAACAACUGUGGAGCUGUAAAUCUAUAGUAAUUAACUAAAUGAGGUGAAAAAGCUCCACCGGGCAUCAGAGUUGAUGAUUAUUGAAUGUAGGUUUGUGUCCAACCACUAUUAUGUGUCUUGACCUGAUUCAGUUUUGCCACUAUUGAAUACUGCAGUUUGUACAUUUGUUCAUUAGCACUUCAUGUUUCCACAAAGGUACUCUGUUCAGACUUCAGACAGCUGUACAACAUUGGGAUCCUUUCCCCCAAACUGUUUAUGUCUUGACUGCAAAAUAAAACGUGAAGAUUUUGUAGAGUUGA